UUUGAAGGAAGAAAAAGCAGAAGAGAGAAAAAGGGAUGAAGUGGAGGUGGUGCUUUUCAAUCGUCUUAGUCCUCCUUGUUCAUCACAUGGAGAUGGAGUUGGCCAUGGCCCUCUCAGCCAAAGAUGUAACACCACCACUUGUUCCCACGACCAUGAAGAAAACCAUUUCUCCCAAGUGGCGGGUUCCGGUGGCACGGCCAAGGCCAAAAAUCAUUCCUCCUACUCCUACGGAAUUAGCUUACCUGUCACCCACUCACUAUCUCAAAUCAUGCCCCAAUCUUGAAGCCAUCAUCCAACAGAAAGUCAAUGCUUGGGUUAAGAGGGAUUACACCAUGGCUGCAAGCAUCAUCCGCCUGCACUUUCACGACUGCGCUGUUAGGGGAUGCGAUGCUUCAAUAUUGCUAAACCACGCAGGGAGCGAGAGGAGAGCUUUGGCAAGCAAGACGCUGAGAGGGUUCGAAUUGAUAGAUGAGAUAAAGGCGGAGGUGGAGACAAGUUGUCCUCCUAAGACAGUGUCUUGUGCUGACAUCCUGACCGCUGCAGCUAGAGAUGCCACCGUCAUGGCUGGUGGUCCAUUCUGGGAAGUCCCCUUCGGUAGGAAAGACGGCCGAGUUUCCCUCGCCAACGAAGCCAACUCCGUUCCCCAGGGACACGAAAAUGUCACUGCUUUGAUUGAAUUCUUCCAAGCACGCGGACUCAACAUUCUUGACUUGGUUAUCCUCUCUGGCUCCCACACCAUCGGAAGGUCUACCUGCUAUUCCAUUCGACAGAGGCUCUCCACCGAUAACAUCAAUCUUAAAUAUCUGAAUUCUCUCAGGAGGCAAUGCAACAACAGUAAUAUUAAUAUUAAUCUUAAUCGGUUUGUUGAUCUGGAUGCUACCACUCCCAAGACGUUCGACGAGAUUUACUACACAAAUCUUGAGAAGAAGAUGGGACUUCUACAGACGGAUCAGUUGCUCUACUCGGAUGCAAGAACUUCACCCCUUGUUGCUGCCUUGGCAUCUCAACCCUCUCUCUUCUUUAACCAAUUCGCAGUCUCCAUGAUCAAGCUCGGCAAUGUCCAAGUUCGCACUGCAGGCGAAGUUCGGCUUAACUGCGACUAUGUCAAUCCUUAGGCGACGACGACGAUGACGAUGACGACGACUACUACUAUUACUUAUUAUUAGACUCAUUCCAAUUUCAUUUCAUUGUUGAGAAAAAUAUAUUCUACCGUGUUCCUUAAUUCGCCUUGUUCUUUCCGCUCCUCCU